AAGUGAUUCCGGCACCCUCGCAGAUCUGUCCGCCAUCGCCGAACGCUCAGAGAAUCUUUUCCAAAUAUGGCUGCAUCGUCUUCUUCUUCUCGGUUGGUUCGUGCAGUGGGUCGUUCAUUGUUCAGUGGUCUUUGCAACAAUGCUGAUGGUUUAGUGAGAUCAACACACGAGAUGAUGGGCAAUCAUUUGUUAUUCCAGCAACAAAGAACUUUCAUACAAAUGAGGACGAGUCUGAAAGUGGUAGACAAUUCAGGUGCAAAGAGAGUGGCGUGCAUCCAAGCACUAAAGGGAAAGAAAGGAGCAAGAUUAGGAGACACCAUAGUUUGCUCAGUGAAGGAAGCUCAGCCAGGUGGUAAGGUGAAGAAAGGAGAAGUGCAUUAUGGUGUUGUUGUUCGUGCUGCUAUGCCAAGGGGCCGCUGUGAUGGGAGCGAAGUAAAGUUUGAUGACAAUGCCGUGGUACUCAUCAACAAGCAUGGUGAACCCAUUGGAACCAGAGUUUUUGGUCCAGUGCCCCAUGAGUUGAGGAAAAAGAAGCAUGUUAAGAUUCUUAGUCUUGCAGAGCAUAUUGCCUAAUGUUUCUGCCUCUUGGUUGUUAGGUACCUCUA